AUGCUGGGGACCUCACAGUGCUUCGUUCAUUCGGUGUUUGCAGCGGUGAUCAUUGCUCCGUUAGUGAGCUUGGUGGCUGAGGGUAUAAGAGAAACAGGGGCCAAAGGCCGGCACGUUGGGCACUCCUGGAUGAAGGAGGCGGGGUUUAUUUCACUGCAAGACUCUCGUACAGGCGUCGCAGCGUCCGAUAAUUCUCUACAGCAGGCAGAUUUCUCUUUAGAAAGGCAGCGAUUGCCUGAGGGCUCUAAGGACCCGCUGGAUCUUCUCCUUGACUCGCGGGAAACGGCAGGCCUCCAUUUUGCUGAAGGAAUUUUGGAUGCAAGGGGCAGCAGUGCGGAUCCUGGAGUUCUCGGCACGAACCUCAGCGCUGCAAGCGCACAGUCAUUUCCCCUUCCAUUUGCUCAAGACCUGCAAAAGAGGCCACUCAACGUGCAGGCUCUUUACCCAGAGGCAGCCGCCGUGUUGACUCCAGCCCGUUAUUCAGCGGCGUUGCAGUGGGACAUCAGCAAGCAUAUUCGCUCCAGCCCUGCACCGUUGAAAACCCAGAGGCCCAGUCAGUUCUUGAGGGAGAAAGCCCUCGCGCUUGUUCCUGCAACUCAAGAAUCUUUGACAGAUGAUAAGGGAAGGCCGCUACCGUACCCAUUUUCUCUACCCACUCCACUGCAACUCCUGCAGAGUGCAUUUGGGAAUGAGUACGCAGUCAAAGAACUGGGUGCUGACCAGCGUCCUUUGGGUGCUGAGUCGUCGGGCGGUUCCACCAGUGGCCCAGGAGCCAGUAUUUCGCCGGGUGCUGGAUCAUCAGGCCGUUCCUCCGUAUAUGAGUCUAGCCUAACGCGGGAGAGGACUAGCGCAUUCUUGCGCUGGAUACCGUUUGGCUUGACACGCAAGUCUUCCGCAGCCGACGUUGUCGGUGAGUCUCCUGUGGACACUCGAGCCGGAGAAGUUUCUUCGAUUGAACCUCCAGAAAAUGAAGAGGCAUUUGUCAAAGCUCUCUCUAGAUCCUUGCCUCGACGCUGGCUCACAGCACCAGAUGGGCGGCGUCUGGUCAUUGUCUUGAACGACCAGAUCACAGAAUGUAGGAGACUGCUGCAUCUCGCAGUAAACUCGUCGAGUGGAGGCACUCCUGUAUUUGUGGAGAGUUCUGAAGGCAUUGAUCCACGAGAGCUGCUAAUGCGCCUGAGACAGGAACGUAUAGGCGGCAAAAAACUCGCCUUCUUACUUUUUGCUCUGGGAGGGACAGAAAUGUUGCCGAUGAGUACUGCAUUUAUAGAGCGUGCAGUGCUACGAGUGCCCAAAGCGGAUGAUAUCAAGUCAUUUCUGAAGCGAAAGGAGGAAGAUGCAGCUAAAGAGUGGGCAUCCAAGGAGGAGGAACUGGAGGAGAAGCGGCAACGCAUGAAGAAGCGCAAAGAGCAUCUUUUGGAGUUAGAAAGUGGAAGAAAGGCUGUUAAGAUGGACGAAAAAACCAUCAAUUUGCAGCAGCUAACCACUUUUUGGUGCGUCUUUGAGAAGGGCUCGGGGAAUGUCGGUCAACUCGAGGCGCAUAGCCCAAAAAAGGCGGAGCAACCUCCAGUACUGGUUCUCAAUCCGUUCGAUGAGUAUCUGCUUCGCUUCAACUACACGGAAGUUAGCGACCUGACCAGCUAUGCCGAGGCCCUCGCGAUGGAGCUGAGGAAUGAACCUCUCGAAAUCUCAAUAGGGGGGGAAACGCACCGAAUUGCUGUAAUGAUCCUAUCGGAGCCUCUCGAAACAGAAGCUGAGCUUGGCCCGACGUGGGUCCGCCUCAACAGACUAAUUCAUAUGGCCAUCGCCAUUUCAAUGAUUGUUGGCCUUCUUUGCUGCUUGUGCAUGUGGCGGCUGAUGCUUCUUCUAAAGCAACGCUAA